AUGGAGGUGUCGCGCGCCAUCGCUCUCAACAACGCCCCGCCGCCUCCCUCCUUGCAUCUCGCGCCGCUGCAGCGGCGAGCAGCGUCGGAUGCGGCGGGCCGCGGCAGAAGUAGCGGCCUUCCGUCUCUUUCCUCUCGCCCUCUCCGCACCUCACUCUGCGCCUCCCGCCCACGUCUUCCUGUGCACCCCGCCCUGGGGGAAUGCCGCGCCUCAGGGCCAAGGGGGAGCGGAGGGGCGCAGCCAGGGGAAGAGCGUCCGUGGGGGGCACAGCAGGCGGAGGGGGAGAAGGAAGGGACUCGUGUUGGGGGAGGGAGGCGAGAAGGGGUGGUGGUGAAGGCAAGGGGGGGUGGGGCUGGAGAUGGGGGUGCGGGAGCGGGGCAGGAUAACGAUGGGUUGGAUGCGGUGCUGGCGAAGGUCGUGUGGGCUGGCUUUGGCCUGUACAUGCUGUGGCUCUUCGUGCUGCCAUUCGCUCCUGGCGACCCAGCGUGGAGGAUAAGUGAGGGCACGGUGCAGGAGGUGAGGGACCUCUCGCUCAACUUCUUCUACAUCCUGCCCGCCCUCAACGCCGCGGGCAUUCAUGUGCUGGAGGCACCGCAACUGCACCCUGUGGCGGAGGCGCUGUUCAACGUGGUCAACGCCUGGAGCCUGCUCUUCGGUCCGCUGCUGCUCGCCGACCCCAGGCGCACCCGCGUGGGCGCCAACCUGCCUGCGCUCUGGCUGGGCCAGAUGUUCCUCACUAACGUGUUCCUCAUCCCCAUCAUGGCCCUGCGCCUGCGCCCACCACCCCCGCCCCACUCCGCCACGCCCCUGCGUCCUGCCGCGAUCGCCACCUUCCUCUCCUCUGCACCGCUGCCCAUCGCCCUCGUCUCCUCCACCGUCGCCCUCGCAUCGCUCUUCUGGGCGGCCCUCGCCCGCCCCAAUUUCGCCCCUCCAGACCUCACAGUACGCGCAGCCUUCCUUGCAGACUACCUGGGCAGCAACCGCCUGGCGUACGCGUUCGCAUGGGACGUGCUGCUCUACUCGCUCUUCCAGCCCUGGCUCAUUGCGGAUUGCCUCUCCGCCCUGCGCCGCUCACGGCCAGCAGAGGCAGCACGUGGGGAUGAGGGGGGAACGACGUCUGGGGAUUAUGAUGCGCUGCUGGCGCUGCUGCAGUGGGUGCGGUUUGUGCCGCUGUUUGGGCUCGCUGCGUUCCUCUGUGCGCUGCCACGGCUGAGAGCCACCAGUGAAUCGCAAGGGCAGGACUGUGUGGCGCAAGAAGGCCCUCUUGACGUGCAUGGGUGCAAGCAGCAAGGCACGGCAAGGCGGGGUCGGGCAGGCUCCGGGCCCACGGGCCUUGAGGAGACCGCCGUCAUAUCGCCCUCUGCGCUCAACCCCCUGCUGCGCCACCCCCUGGUAGACCAACACCCUUGUCACAGUGGGUGUCUACCAGGUUGGAUCAGCAGCCCACGCGUGUGCUGCACACCCGCUGCAUCUUCCACCACACCUCCGUUACAACCCCUCUCUCUCUCUCUCUCGUUCUAUUCCACUCCCUGCCUGCACGUGCACACCACGCAUGACAGCUCAUGUGUGCCCACGGCGUGCAGCAGUGCUAGGCAAGAGAGGGCGCGAGGGGGGGGAGGAGUGGGGAAGAAAGCAGCGGGCGCUUAG